GUACAGUGCCCGGAGCAAGCUGGGACGGUGGCCUCGGACAGCUCCCUGGCGCGGAGCCCUGGACCUGGGGCUAAGCCCAGCAACGAGGCGCAGAUCCUCUGUGGCAACAUCACGGAGCGGGGCCCGCAGGCGGCGAACUACUGCCGCACCAUCGGCUACCAGUGCCGCAUCAUCGCGCUCGCCGAGACGCACGUGGACGUCGAGGGCCUAAGCGAGCUGCGCGGCAAGCUCGCCAUGGACGGCUGGAAGCUCGCUGCCACUCCAGCCCUCCCGACGCACAAAUCGGAUAUGGGCGCCCACGGAGGCGAGUGGGUAUUCCCCAGGCGUGGCGCGGCGGCCACCACCUUCGAGGGUUGCAGGGAGCGCCGCCCCGAGACCCGCCAGCGCCAGCCGUUCGUGGGUUGCUCCCCUGGCAUCUUGCACACCAAGAGCGGCAACAUCGCGACUGUCGCGGCCUACAUUCGGCCUGGCCUCCGCGACAAGGGCGCCAACGUGGACAUCCUCAUGUCGAUCGCCACGUUCGUGGAUAUGUUUGCCGACCCCUGGGUCAUCCUGGCCGACUGGAACUACGAGCCGCCGCGGUGGGCCGACGAGCCGUGGCUCAUCCGCUGGAUCGGCGCCGUCGCCACCGACCCCUCCUGCGCGGCCACGUGCGACAUGGGCAAUGGCUCUACGGCUACGGUCACCAGCGACAGCGCCCCCGUGGGCGACGCGCCGUUCAGUGCCCCUAGCGCCGACUGGGGCAAGGCAGUCGGCAUCGCCGUCACCUGCCCCAAGUUCGAGGGCCACCUUGCGGGCAUCAAGGAGGGCAUGGACCACAUCUUCCACGCGCGCGCGCCGCGCGCAGCGAAGCAGGUCAACGCAGCAUGCGCGCACUGGGUCGCCGUGAAGGAGAUCGCCUUCCUGGAGACGCAUAACGCCCCCACCGAGGAUUGGGCCAAGCACCAAGGCAGGGCGCAGGGCUACAAGACCGCGCGCCAGGUCACGAAGGCGACGCCAGUACGCACCUGCCUCAAGGAUCCCGAGGCGGGCUGGUGGAAGCACAUCAGCACGCCCAUCAUCCGCUACACCGCCCUCGUCAUUAAUGACAAGGGCAUCCGCGUGCAGGGCAAGCUCAGGAAGAGCAUCCAGGCAAAGCUCAGCCAGCUCGACAGCGACGACUUCCACUGGGGCCACUUUGGCUCCAUGGUUGACCCCGUGGAGGUGGGCGAGUGGAAGUUGCAGGUCGCCUCGCUGGACUUCUGCGACGAGGGGGGCCUCCACCACAUCUGCGCCACCAGCGAGCGCUAG